UGAACAUGUCGCUGUACUGCUGGCUCAUUGCGGUAACCGCUUUGCCCUGCGGAUAUUUUGCACAAACACUGAAACAGAUUGUCCCAUCCAUUACCAAAACUGUGGGUAAAACCGCUAGAUUCAAAUGCGAAGUCGAAGGUGCAACUAUUACUGCCACUGAUCCCCUUCACUGGUACCAGCACAAGCCGGGCCAGGCACCCACCCGAAUCCUUUAUUAUGGAUCAGGCGCAACGCGGGAUCCGGGAUUCGGUGAACGGUUCAAAGCCGGGAAAUCUAACAACAAAGUAUUCUACCUCACAAUCGACAAACUAGAGCCAGAGGACACCGCCACCUAUUACUGUGCGUACUGGAUACAGGCCGGUGCACGUUUGCAGUUCGGCACUGGGACCAGGCUCGUUGUAACGGACCAAAGUGUUCGUGAACCAAAAAUUCAAAUUUUCCCUCCGAACCAAUCUGAACUGGACAAGAAUAACAGGGCGGCCGUCGUCUGUCUCCUGACUGACUUCUUCCCCGAAGUCAUUCGAGUUCAAUGGACUAUCGGGAAUAACAAGGCAUCCGAUGAUGCUGUGUUAACAGACGCAGUGGAGAAACAGAAAAACGGCGCUUACUCAGUGAUCAGUCGCCUGACAAUCACUAAGUUUGAUUGGACUGGAAAAGACAUUCACUGCAAGGCGGAGCAUGAAACAAAUCCAAAAGAAGUCACGAUUAACCAGCACUCCCGAACAGCUAAUGAAAAACCUAAUGAUAUUCCAGUCCCGACGUGUCAGCCCAGUGUUCAGAACACAUCAACAAUCGUGAUUGAAGGUCAGCCUCUGAGUUCACUGAAGUUAGCGACUUUUACAUACACACUGUUGUUGGUGAAGAGCGUGGUCUAUUGUGGGAUUAUCUCCAUCCUGUACAGGCUGGAGCACCGUGACGUGAAGAAGCCACUUUAAACUGGUGUCAACAGCCUCCUAUUUUAAAAUUCUGAUAAUUUGGCUUUGGCUUUUGCUUGGAUUUCCUGUUCAUACCCAGAGAUUGUAGUUUGCACUAUCCGUUUGUGAACAGCUUACAGCUGUCAUGUAAAUAUAUCCGGGUAGAGUUUUAUUUUCAAGCUUGUGUAUGUAGAUAGUGAUCAGAGCUUUCGGAUGAUUCACUUGUUGUUAAUCAAGUUAAUGCGAUGUUUUUGCAGAAGUACUGUUUGAUGUUUCCAAUGUUGCUCUUUGCGAAUUUUUCGCUACAGCUAAAUUGCUGUCUUCGUUACACGUUCGUCUUGUAAUUUUACUUCACAAUUUUGCAAC